AUGCCUGUACCUGUUCUCAGGGUGGCCACCGUCAUGCCUGUGCCUGUUUUCAAGAUAUCCGUGACCAUACCAGCACCUGUACCUAUUCUCAAGAUAGCAAUAGUCAUGCCUGCACCUGUUCUUAAGAUGGCUGCCGCCACACCCGAGCCACUAUACAAGAUUGCUGCCACACCUGAGCCACUAUACAAGAUUGCUGCCACACCCGAGCCACUCCACAAGAUGGCUGCCACACCCGAGCCACUUCACAAGAUGGCUGCCACACCUGCCUCUACAGUUAAUGUCAGGACCCAGCGGUUGAUGUCUAGUCUGGCGGAUACCCAGAUGAUGUCUGUACGGGCGGCUGGGAUCUCAAGUCCGGUUGUGUCCAAUGUCACUCAAACCCAUAAACCUGAGUCAUCUGAGUUGGCCGCAAAGUCCGAACCUGAGUCUCUUGAACUUCCUGUCACAGUUGAGAGGUCCGAACCUGAGUCUCCUGCACUUCCUGUCACAGCUGAAAGGUUUGAAUUCGAGUCCCCUGAGCUUCCUGUCUCGACCAAGUUAGCUGAGCCUAAGUUUCCUGAAUUUCCUGUCCUGACCAUAAGGCCUGUUUCCGAGUUCCCCGAGUUUCCUGUAAAGGCCGAGAUGGUUACUCCUGAGUUUCCUGUGUCCUGUAGGUCAGCCAAAAUGGCUGCUUCCUGCUUCACAGACUCUCUGGCCUUGCCAAAAUGGCUGCAUGACUCCCAAAGUCUCUCUGUCCCGUCCAAAAUGUCCGUUCCUGAGUUCCCCAGUCUCUCUGUCCUGCCUGGCCCAAGAUGGCAGCUCCCAAGCUCCCUGAACUCUCUGCCUGGCCCAGGAUGGCCAGCCCCGAGCUCCCAGAACUCUCUGCCACAACUAACCUCUCCCUCUGCCUAG